UCUCUUCGUCUCCUCAGCGUGACCACAUGCGGAGUUACACUCACUGUUGCACUUGCUCUCGAGUGUUGAGAGAAGAAGAGGACUCGACGGUCGCUGUCGGAGGUGGUGGUCACUUCUUUAACCAGUCAGAGUCGGAGAGGAGAGAGGACUCCCGUGUCUUCCGCGUCUCCUUCACCUCACCUGAAGUGUCCCUUACCUACAGCGUCUCCACAGAAGGAGGAGGAGGAGGACAGAGGAGAGGACAGACUUCAGGGACGCAGCUCUCUUUCUCACACAGAAAUAAAAAAAAUAAAGCCACGCGAAGACAGCGAGAAUGGAGGUCUGCACUUCUUCUUCGAGGAAACUUACUUUGCUCUGCUUUGCCUUUGUGGGGGGGCUCACAGGCAUUUUAGCCGACAUCCAGAUACCCCAAACGAGUAUGGAUGUGAUCAAGGGUCAGAUGGUGGUCCUGAGGGCGUCAUACAACCCGGUACCAGGCAGUGACAUGAGCACCAACACCAUUUUGUGGAACUUUAUCACCAACAGCCCCCAGCUGAUCAUCUCCUACACCAAGGGCUCCAUAAGCGAGGGCAGCUCCCAGUUUAAGGGCCGCGUGGGUUUCACCAGCACCAUGCCCUCGCGCGACGUCUCGCUGUACAUCAACAACACGGAGGAGGCCGACUCGGGACGUUACCUCUGCCAGAUCAUCAUUCCCGACAACCCCAUCAACCCCGCUGAGCUCGCCCUGGAUGUGAAGGUCCCUCCUGCUGUUCCUAAGUGCUCUCUAUCGGGGAAGCCAGUGCUGAAGGGCAACGUGACGCUGAGCUGCACGUCCAGUUCUGGGAAACCCGUUCCUCUGUACAAGUGGAAGAAAACCAGCCCCACCUCUGAAGUCUUCUUUUCCCCCAUGCUCAAUGAGAAGACGGGCACGCUGAAGUUGACUAACCUGAGCAGCAACAUGUCGGGGAAGUACAUGUGUACAGCCAGUAACUCCGCCGGCUUGGAGAGCUGCAUCAUCAACCUGGAGAUCGUCAGCCCCAAUAGAGCGGGCGUGAUCGCUGGCGCCACCGUGGGCGCCGUGGUCGGCUUCCUCAUACUCCUGCUCUGCAUCUGCGGCUUCUUCCUGCUAAAGAGGCGGCGAGACAACGAGGACGACAUGGCCAACGAAAUCAAGGAGGAUGCUCAGGCUCCAAAGCGCGUGUCCUGGGCUAAGAGCGGCAUGGGCUCGGACAUCAUUUCCAAGAAUGGCACGCUGUCGUCCAUCGCCUCCAGCCCGCACCACAAAGAGCCCUCCCUCCACCACAACAACCUCCACCACCACCUGCAGCAGUACCCGCAGCGCCCGCCUUCAGACACCGCCUCCAUCAUCACGGCCACCGGCAGCAUGGCCGGCUACCGGCCGUCCCGCCACCACGGAGCCUCCACGCCGACCCACUUCACGUUCAGCAACAACGCCACCCUGCAGCGCGAGCUGACGCUCCCCUCCGAGGCCAACGGGGGCUCCCCUCCGCGGCCGGAGCGCUACGGCCAGCUGCCCCAGGCCCAGGUGCUGCCGCAGACCUACGGCCAGCCCCAGCUGCAGCUUCACGACGCUCCGCCGCUGCCCGCCUCUGGCGUGACGGCCUCGAACAUUGUCCGCAUGGGAGGAGUGCCCAUCAUGGUGCCUGCGCAGAACCAGGCCGGGUCUCUGGUCUAGUGUUCACAAAACAAUGCUGUUGACACUCCCUUUUACUCUCUGAGGCUCAGACACUGAUCUGCUUUUAAAGAAGGCAAACGCUUUAAAAGAUAAACUAUUUAGCAGCGAUUUACAGUAGAUGAAAACGUCAUGUUCAGACACGGUUUACUUGCUUUACUUAUACUUUUAUAUUCAUGCACUGUAACAUACGCUCAGACAUGUGCAUAAACAUGCUGUUUCUACUUUAUUACUGCAUUUCUUCUUAUUAUUAUUACUAUUAUUUUUCAUGUAUCCUUUAAAUGCCUGCCUGCAGUGCGAGUGAUAAAAAGUGAAGGGAAUCAUCGCUGGAGAACAACGUCUUAAAAGGAGGACUUUUGUAAGCACAUUAUAUCUCUACUGUUCAGAGAGGUCAAAGCGAUCAAAGGGGAUUCUGCAAUGUUUCGGUUAAUAUAUGAAGAUCUAUGGUAUAAAAAGUCAACGUUACAUGUCUGAUCGGGAAACACCGUAAAUCUUCCUCCGGACUGUCAGUGGUUCAGCUCCUGAAAUGUCCUCAGACUCUUCUUCAUUCUCCAAACAAAGAUUGUACAUAGAUAGAUAUUUAUUUUCUGUUCCAUGUGUAACAGAGGCCCACAUAUACGUGAUCUCUUGAUAUGUCGUGGGUUAGAAAGAGAGAAAGGAGAUCUAUCUUUACGAGAUGCAGGAAGGAAGACGCUUCCGUCCCAUGAUCGUCUACUGCUCCAAGUCGUCCUUUAAGAGGUUUGGGAUUGUUGGGUCUCAUUAGCAGGUGAUUAAAUGCUAAUGCUGUUGGGAUUAUGGCUCUAUAUCCUAAGAUUUAUAGUAUGCUGAAAGGUUAUUAUGGAAUUAUUGAUCAAAGAUGCCAAAAAAUGAACAUGUUUUUAUCAUAUAAUAUAAUAUAGUAUGCCAUAGGGUCUGACAAUGUUUAGGAUUAACUGCAACAGGAAGACACUUGCCUACCACUUCCUGUCAUGAGAGGACGGAAAUAGGGCUGCAACGAGUCUUUUCUCGAUAAAUCGAGUAUUAUUUUGUCCAUAAAAUGUAGGAACAUGUAGAUGUGUGUGUUUACCAAACCUGGAAAUCUCUGAUUUUAUCAAAAUUUAAUAAUUAAAUGAUUUUUUUUUUGUCAAAUGGAGCAAAAAAAAACAGAAAAUAUUCACAUUUAAGAAGCUGGAAAAUCAGGAAGCUUGUAUUAAUUUAAAAAAAAA